UGCUCCUGCAAAGGUUUAGAACCUAAUUUUCAAAUAUGGACAACUGUAGCUCUUUGGGGCAGGGAGUGUCUUUUUGUUCUGUGUUUGUACAGCGCCUGGCACCUUGGGGGCCUCCUAGAAUCCUAGAAAUUAGGGCCAGAAGGGACCCCCCAGAUCAUCUAGUCUGACAUCCUGUAGAUCAUAGGCCACCUACCCUGCCCUGCACCUACACACUAACCCCAACAACCAAAAUGAGACCAAGGUGUUACAGCCCACAGGAGACUAGACUGUUAUAUGGCACAGGCAGAGAAGAGGAGGGACUGAGGUGCAUCAGGGUCCGAGGCUCCUGCAGUGGCAGGGAAAUGAUUAAAUGAUAUAGAGCCAGAUAGCCCUAGGAAGGUGAAAAGUCCACAAGGUCACUGCCAAUCUAACUUGGGGAAAAAUUCCUUCCCAACCCCACAUAAGGCCAUCAGUUAGAUUGGGGUAGUCAAUAGGCAUGGGCCAAAUCCGGACCGCCAGACACUUUGGAAUGGACACCAAAAUCUUUUUAUUUACUUAUCAUUGUUGUUAUAUUUUUUAUUAUUUCGUCUGGACCUCAACUAUACCUUGACCAAGAAAUUUGGACCUUGACAAAUAAUUGACCAUCCCUGGGCUGGUCUACACUUAGUCCGGACUUCGGACUAAGGUACGCAAAUUCAGCUACGUUAAUAACGUAGCUGAAUUCGAAGUACCUUACUCCGGACUUACCGCGGUCCAGACGCGGCCGGAAGUCUCCCCCCGUCGACGCCGCGUACUCCUCUCGGCGAGCUGGAGUACCGGCGUCGAUUGUGAGCACUUCCGGGAUCGAUCCAGGAUCGAUUUAUCGUGUCUUAACCAGACGCGAUAAAUCGAUCCCAGAACAUCGAUGGCGUGCCUCCGGACCAGCCGGUAAGUGAAGACUAGGCCCCUGAGUUAGGAUCAGCCAAGCACCUGAGAGAGAGAGAAUGCCCAAUGCCACCUCACAGCCCUAUCCCUCUCUGUCCAGUGUCCCAUCUCCAGCUGUGGCCAUCCCUGCUCCAGAGCAGGGGUAGGCAACCUAUGGCACGCGUGCCAAAGGCAGCACGCAAGCUGAUUUUCAGGGGCACUCGCACUGCCCGAGUCCUGACCACCGGUUCGGGGGGCUCUGCAUUUUAAUUUAAUUUGAAAUGAAGCUUCUUAAACAUUUUUAAUACCUUAUUUACUUUACAUACAACAAUGGUUUAGUUAUAUAUUAUAGACUUAUAGAAAAAGACCUACUUAAAAUGUAUGAUUGGCACGUGAAACCUUAAAUCAGAGUGAAUAAAUGAAGACUCGGGACACCACUUCUGAAAGGGUGCCGACCCCUGCUCCAGAGGAAGGCAACAACAAAAAAACAAAAAAAAACUCUAAAAAAAACCCAGUCCCUCCCAGAGUACAUUGGCUUGGUCCAUGAAUGGGGCGCCUAGGCACUAUGACAAUACAAAUAAUAAUUAACUAUCAAAUCAAGGCCAGUUUCUUUCAGAGAAAGGAAGGGCUCUGCUCCUCAGAGAGCGCUACUUCUCUGCCAAAGUCAGCCCUUUGGACGAUUGGGCUGUUCCAAUUCUUUUUACAUCUUGGGGAAGGAGUAUUAUUUCCUCUCUGCUUCCUGUCAGAAACGGGUGAAUUGGUUUUGCCCUGAUGCCCGACUAUGAAAUUCACCUUCAGGCUUUUCAACCUUCCAAGACUGGAAAAUUUCAGUUUCAAAGGUGAACGUUUCAGGAAGUUCCGAGUGAUGGAAAACUCAGGUUAUAAUUACAGAGGUGCUCAGGCAACCGUAAGCAGAGCGUGUCAUGGGGUGCUCCUCACUGUAACCGAGGGUGGUAAGAUGACGUAUGGGCCAAAGAAAAAAUGCACCCUGUGCACCACUGGUUGAAUUCGGACUUGUACCCUGCACUGCAUUCCACAAGGGGGCUGUGUCUUUAUCAAUGGAAUGGUCACAGCCUUCCAGCUGUGUGCCUGUGCACUGGGGUUUGUGAGAGACUGUUGGAGUUCACUCAUAAUGACCUUUUUCUAUCAUUCUUGCCCCUGUGGGUACAGAAUAAGGAGACUACAAUCAACACAUACACCCUGAGGAGAUUUCCGGGAGCCCAGUUGCAAGUGACUGUGACCAGGGGAAGCAGACAUCAGGGUUCCAUCUAAUCAAUCACCUGGCUAACAAGGGAGUCUCCGGUCUAUCUCCAUCCCAGCCCCCUGGUGUAAGGCCUUUGCAAACCCUCUUACCCAUUGUGGGAUUCAAUUUCUUCUCUUCAGUCACAGAGGCAGAGCCCAGAGAUGCAGCAGGGAUGGUGUGGGACGGUCAUUUCAUUUUCCAACCUGAUAGAAGCCAGAAGGUAAAAAAAGAACAAGUGGAGUCAUUGUGCACACCAGACUCCGUACCCUCCCUCCCCACCUAGUGCCCCACCUCAGUGCCACUUUCGCCCUGGUCUGUCCUCCAUACCCUAUGCAAUGAGCUUUCAUCCCUGCACCCUCUUUCUUCUCCUCUGUGCCUAAUACCUACUCUGCUCAGUGCCCUCUGCUCUGCAACCUCUCCCUCACAGCAGUGCUUGCGGGCCUGCCACCAUUUCUCACACGAGUGACCUUUUACGGACACAGAACCUGACAGCCCAGUUUCUUGUAGCCAUGACUUUGCUCAACCACAUAACAAAGUGGGACCCUGAUAGCUACGCUUGUGGGCCGUGGCCUCUUUUAGACCAGGAAAAAAGGUGCUUUUUUCAAUCAUGUUAACUCAGUGGAACUAGCUUUGCCUCAGUUGAAAGAAGGACCUGUUUUCCUAGUCUAGACAAGGCCUGUGAGAGCUUUUCGGGGGUUGUAUUGCAGUCCCAGAAACCAAUGCACGCUCUAGAGAGAAUUCCUCGCUGCACGCAGGAAGGAUCCAUGGUGCUUCUGCUCCUCAGGAAGGAGGAACUUUCCUGCUUGUUUUUACUGAGCAUGAAAGAAAGAAACUUCUUCCCAGCUGAAGGGUUCAGCCUUGCUAAAGAAAGAAAAACCAACGAGGAGUCCGGUGGCACCUUAAAGAUUAACAGAUCUGCUCGUCUUGAAGGUGCCACCGGACUCCUCGUUCUUUUUGUGGAUACAGACUAACAGGGCUACCUCUCUGAUAAAGAAAGAAAGGCAGAAAGGGAGGCCCAGAUACCUGCCUUGGGCUGCUCUCCAGAGGGAAUGCUCUGCAGAUCUCGCUGAGCCUUGCAUGGUGUAUUUGUUUACCAAAGAGCUAGGGUUAAUCUAAAGUCUGGUGUUGAAAAGAAACAAAAGCCGGUUAUCUCCAGAGAAUAGGCCAUUCAGUGCAAUGAAUGAGGCUGAAGAACUUGAGUCUCUUUUAAAUGAGACAACUUAAAAAUGACUCCAAGCUACUGAGAGCUUAAUUAGGUUGAAAGUGGUGGUGAGAACAAAGGCCCCCGAGGGAGAAAUCCCCCAUCCUGGGGUGGAAAACCUGCCAUUUCCAAGCAAGGCUUUGAAGUGUGGCUGCAACCCGCUCCCCUAGACAAGUUGGUGAUGAGAUUCCAUUACUGCUGAGGCCACUUAGGUGUUUAUUCAGAUCACAAUCUUGGCAACAUAUGUCAGCAAUAUACAGACCCAUUUGUCUCUGUUGCAAGCGCCUUCUCCCCUGCUAAGGGAGCUCUAGCUAUAAAUAUCUGAGCUAGGAAUACUGGAGACAAUUCAGUGUCUUCAAGGGUGCAGCUAUGAGGGACCUUCCACUGGCGACCGUGCUUCUCAGUGGCCUUUUCUGUAUUCCCAGCCUUGUCAGUAAGUCUCAUUUCUCUUUUCCUCCUAUGGCGUUUACUGCUCUGUGUGCUGAUGUUAAGGAGUGAAGGACUUGUGAAUGAACAGGGGAAGUGCUAAGGUCAAGUGUAAAAUUAUUUUACUAUCCAAUUCGUCCUUUAUUGGAGAACUGGAUCAUCUCUACUUGUCUGCUCCCUCUUCUAUACGGUGCUGAGGUGAUUGUCAGACAUCAGCAAUAUGCUGGGGCAUGAUUCUGCCUCGCUGAGUAAAGUGAGAAUGGGGAUGGGUGAAUCAAGGACUUAAUGAAUGGUAAUUAAUGAUGGAGUGUGUACAGUCUAUCCUUGCCGUGGAGUAGUCUUGGAGAUCUAAUGGGUCAUUUCCAUUUUUAACUACUUUGAUCCUGCUUAUUCCUUAAAUCAAAUCAUAAAGUUAAAGAAAUGAGGUCUGUGUGCCUUCUGCUUGGAGCUCCAAGUCCCCGUCCAGCUAGAGAAGGAAGGCAGCUCAAGCUGUAAGCUGGGGAUCGGAUGAGCUUUAUGUUUUGUGAGUGCAGGUGCAGGAGCCAUCAGCGGGGAGAGUGAAGGAAGGAACUUGUUUGCAGAGAGGGGCUGCUGCAGGAGGCAGAGCCAUUCCGUCUAUGUUGGGCACGACAUCUCUGGCAGUCCUGUAAGUCUGGAUGUUGGGAUGUGCAGGUCCCACUGUUCAUCCCAAAGGAUAAACUCACAUCAGUCUGGAUUUCCCAAACAUUCCUCUAUGCUGGACUUUCUUAGAACUAAAAAGUUGCAGGAUCGGCAGAUGGAGCUGCCUCUGUCGACUGGAGCAGAACGUUCCUGCCCUUUGGAUUCCCAUUGUGAACCCACUAGAGUUCACGUGGAGCGGGUACUGCUGUUUGAAGGGGUUCAGGAAGUGGAAGUGAUUGAGGCCUGCCAGUGUAACGCAAGCCCAGAGGAGUGUCUACGGCUGCCAUCCCUGAAAACCUUCUUUCCGGACACCCCAUUGGAGUUCACGGUGGAUGUUGGAAAAUGCUCCAAUCCAGCCCAUGCAAGAGACGGACUCUUCUGUGCACCUACAAAGUUUGAUGGUGUUCUGAUCAAAAGCCCAAAUGGUGUUGAGGUGGUUCAAACUCUGGAAAACUGUGAAAUGAAAGAAACCUGCUAUAGAGUUUCCUAUGUGGAAUAUUAUUAUGAAAUCAUACACAACUCUGCUGGGGACAGAGAGGAGCGACUGAAGGAAAUUGAUGUGGGCCGGUGCUUGGGGAGCUGCACCUCAGGGAAUCACUGCCUGCUUAGGGAUUCGCAGAAUGGAGAGAAAUGCCUGGUUUGGGCGGAAGGUGCCUCCAGCCAUUGUGUCCCUCACCAGUACAACACACACACAUUCAAGAGCCGCAGUGGCAACAUCCGCACCAUCUUCGCCAUCCAGAAGUGUAACUGUGGGAGUUAUUAGAGACUUGGGGGGGGAGGGAUUGGAGCUUCCAGGGAGGGCACAAGGAGGGGAGAAUGCAAAUAGCACCUUGUCCUGCUGUGCCCACCUUCUGCCAGACUGUCUGUACUAUAUGUAAAUGAGAGAAGGCUAUUUUAUAAAUUAAAGGUAUU